AUGAAUAGCCUCCUGAAGCUGUCGCUGUUCGGGAGCCUCGUCGCUGCCACAGCACAAAGUGGUGACGCACGCCUCCACGCCCGCUCUAGUGCCCCAAAGUGUGAUACCGCCGCCUCGACACUAUCACUAAGUGACCCACCCUACGACAACUACUUCUACUCAGACUGCAAUGUCGCCGCACAAGCGGUCAUCACGAGCCCGCUUCCACAAAGCGACCUCACCCUCAUCGGCCCCCGGCUGGUCGUAGCCUGGCCCGCAGGUGAUAGCGGCGUAUGCGCAUACUUUGCGCCCCAGAACGGCGUCAAUGGCACCUUGUCCCUUGAAAUGGUCAAUUCGACAGUUGGCCAGCCCCUGGGUCCCGUAUACACGGCAGGAGCAAACAGCUCUGCAAACCCCAGCGUCGGUAUUCAGGGCGUGUUACGCUUCAAUUCCUCUGCGACUCUGACAGUUCCUAUCCUGGGUAGUAUCCGUACUAUCCGCGACUUUGUCGAGGGUCCUAGUCUCCUGCAUUCCGAGAUCCAGGAUGCUAUCCAGUUCGUCGCGAAUAACGAUGGCAGUGCCUCGCUGCAGCGUACAUGGCUGGACAAUGUUACUUCUACAUCGCUUACCUUCACUCCGUAUUCAAAUGGAACGAAUGGCAAAGUGACCGUCUCUAACCGCACACUCUCCUUCACGGCUGGUGACUACCUCAUCUCUGCGUCUAUGAACUACCCGCAACUCACGGCUCUCAAGCCUUCGUCCGUGCUAAACAGUGCCUCUAGCAAUCUGACCACGACUAGUCCAGGCCAGGCCGCUGCGCUAUCGUUCUUGUCGUAUUCGGAGAAGUUGUUGGCUGGUGCGUGGCGCUUCUUGACGUACUUUGGACGCGACUCGAUGAUCUCGGCGCUGCUUUUGGAGCCGGUGCUUAGCUCGGGGAAUGGUAGUGCUAUGGAGGCUGUCAUUGGGGCUGUUUUGGAGCGGGUGAAUCGUACCGAUGGUAGUGUUUGCCAUGAGGAGACUAUUGGUGACUAUGCCACAUGGACGAAUUUGCAGAACAAUAUUACUAGUUCUGCUAUGGGCUGCGACUACAAGAUGAUCGAUUCGGAUUAUUUCCUUCCUGUUUUGAUGCAAAAGUAUUUCCUGGACAACCCCGUUGGACAGAAACGAGCUGCGUCUUUCUUCAAGUACCUAAGCCUCUUCUCUCUUUCCUUUGAUCUCAUGGCUAAUGCAAGAACUAGGACUUCGGCUGGAUUGGUCAAUGCCGAGAACCAGAAUCUAACUUGGGGUGAUCUUGCACUGAUCAGUGCCGAACGCAUCAUGCGUCUUGCUCGUCCGUUUGCUGAGAAGCAGACAAAGGCCAAUCUGAUUCAUCUCAAGGAUGGACAAGUCGUCGGAGAAUGGAGAGACAGCGAAUAUGGCCUUGGUGGAGGUCGCAUCCCUUACGAUGUAAACACAGCCCUCGUCCCAGCAGCACUUCGCUCCACCGCCGCCCUGGCUCGCCAGGGUAUCUACCCCAAGCACAAGAAAUGGUCCAAGCUCGCCACCAAGUACGCCCAGGUCUGGGAAGAAAAGACCCUUGACUUCUUCAAGGUGUCCAUCCCUCAAUCCAAAGCCCAAGAACUAGUCGCAUCCUACAAGAACGAAUCAUCCUUCCCGGGCCCCGACCAAGCCGCCUCAAUCACCGACGACGUCGUCUUCCACGCCGUCGCCCUCGAUGGCAACAAUAACCUGACAAAGGUAGAAGUCAUGAACACGGACGAUUGUUUCCGCCACUUCCUCCUCAACACCACAGAUGACACCCAACUAACCCCCUUCCUCAACAACUCCGCCACCAACAUCCGCCGCACCUUCCCAGCAGGCCUAAUGACCUCCGCCAGCAUGAUCGUCGCAAACCCAGCUUUUGGCGGAGACUCCGUCUACGCGCAGAACUGGACUACAGGCGCAUACCACGGCACGGUUAUUUGGUCCUGGCAGCUCGCCAUGAUGGCCAAGGGCCUGGAGCUCCAACUCGGCCGGUGCGAGUUGUCCACUAACUUUUCCGUCUCCGGCCGAUACGGCCAAGCGAAAAACAAGGACAACGGUAAUGUUGCUCCAAUCCCGGCUUUCUGUGCAGAUGACUCUGUUUACGGGAAUGUCAAGGCGGCGUAUAAUGAGCUUUGGGACUCUAUUGAGCAGAAUGAGAGUCAGCUUUCUGGGGAAGUCUGGUCGUGGGUUUAUCGGGAUGGUGAUUUCCAGGUUACGCCUUUGGGAGUGUUGCCGCCGCCUGGUGGUGGUUCGCAGACUGGUAAGUUUUGUUUGCCUUGUUGA